UUAAUGCACAUUAGAAAUGGUGUCAGUCACACACACACACACACACACACACACUACAAUACAAUACAAAAUCAGUCAGCCCAGGCUUAUGCAAUGGAGUCACCACAAUAAUUUUUUUCAACAUUCUUAGUCACACAUACCUCUCCCUUAGCUUUUGACUCACUCACUCACACACACACACUCUCUCUCUCUCUCUCUCUCUCUCUCUCUCUCUCUCUCUCUCUCUCUCUCUCUCUCUCUCUCUCUGUGUCUCUAUCUCAUUCUAUAAAUGUCUAUCUGCUUUUGACUCUGAAUCUUAUUACCAUUACUGAGACCACCAAACAUUUCCAUCUGCAAACUCUACCUUUGCUCCACCUCCCACGUCUGUCUUUGUGUGACUCACUCGUCAGGUUUCAAGCAUUUUGAGAAAAUCUUAGAGACCCUUACAAUCGUCAGUCAGAUGUUCAAUAUAGCAUAAGUAGUAUAACUGCUGCUACAAGGAUUGUAUCAAGGUAAGAGUUUCAGUUCAACACACAAAAUAGCCCAGUAGAAGAGGCUUGUGAUUGUUUUGCAUUCUUGACUUCAGGUUUGUCACAAAGAAAGUGAUUAUCACUUGGCUGGUCAAAACUGAAUGUUUCAGCUGUUUACUUCAAUACAAGUUAAAUGCACGUUUAAAGGCACUUUAGUCACUUUUAUGUUUUUCUGAUCGUGAGCACAAUGAAUUGUUACAGCUAUGUAACCUAAACAUCCAUUUAGCUACUGCUAACAAUGACCUUUUCAGGAUAUAAUCAAAAUACACUUCUGCUUGGGUAAUUUCCUCAUUAUACAGCAGAGUGAUUAUUGCCAUUAAGCAUGUUAUAUUUGUAAAUCUAUAGAGUAGUUAUAAAAGUGUGCACAUCCCCACCGGUGAGGUGCCGGGCAAAUGGAACUAGAACUCAAAAGAAAGUAGUGUGGUAGUGCAGAGUGCGGGCAUUUCAUUCCUUUUGAUAUUUGUAAAUCUAUUCAGUAAAAAUAUCAGUUUCUAAUGUCUUACAAAUUCCUGACAAGACACUUCCAUGUGUGAAUCAUAAUGUAUAUUUCUGCAUGGUAUACUUUACGCUCAAGUAUUCAAAAAAAUCAAAGCAAUGGUUAUGGAAGAAAACAGGUGACCUAAAGGCAAGUUUACAAAGUACUAAAAUGAAAAGAUUUAACAGAAUAGCAUGUGGUUUAGAAACACUUCACUUUCUGUUUCCUUUUCUGUGGUGCUAUCUGUGGUAGAUUAAACAUGAACAUGUGGUAGAUUAAACAUGAAAAAGCUUACAAAAUGACUGUACUGUAAUAUUUACAAUUCAAAGCCUUGAACACAUUAUUGCAACAAUAUUGUCUUACAUAUUUUUUGCGCAUCCACUAAUCAGCAGUGCUUCAGUAUUGUUUUGUCUUUGUAAUGCAACAAUCUCUGUUUUUUUCUUCAGUUUUUUUUUUUUAGGGAGACAGACGAGGGCGUUGCAUUUUAGGCCGCGAGUAGAGCAUUGUUCUGAGUUUCACACAGCUGUAAAGUGAGCUCUAGGCCAGGUGACCAUGCAUUUUCCCACCAUUACCUUUGUGGUAGCUGUCUAUCUGGCCCUCAUACCCCAAACUACCCAGUCAUGCACCAGAGGCUCCCCUCGCGAGUGCAAAGAGGCCGAGUUUGCCCCAGGAUCCAACCUGGCCGGUGAAGGCUUCGACAUCACCAAGAUGCAGCGCAAGGGAGCCUUUGUCAUCGACAUGAACCUAUGGAGACGUGAAAACAACACCUGCAUGCUGUGCAGGAACCCGUAUCAAGAGGGCAAGAUGCAGAAAGUCCCAGCAGCUGUGGUGGACUGGAGACCCAGUCAGAAAUGCAGCAUGAAGGUGGCCAGCUCACUGUACCAGUCCAGUGAGUCCCUGGUCAGUUCCAGUGCGUCCAGUGUGGAGAACAACUGGAAAGCUAAUUUAGAAAUAGAUGCCAAAAGGGGGGAUGGCUCAUUGAUGCUGGCAGGGACCCAGUCAAAAUUGGCUGAGUACUCAAUGGAAAAAACGAAGAGAGACAAGUUUACCUUCUUAAGCCAUAAAAUGGUCUGUAGUUACUACAGCUACAGGGUUUCCAACCAUCACACCCUUCAUCCAGAGUUUCAGCGUGCCAUUAAUCAACUUCCAAAGAAAUACACCAGUGAGAACAAGCAACGCUUCUACAAGCUUAUCAACAACUUUGGGACACAUUUUAUGACUAAGGUGACUCUGGGCGGGAUGGUACAGUCAGUGACCAGCAUCAGGCAGUGCAUGGCCUCUUUACAGGGCCUGAGCUCAGAUGAGAUCAAGAUGUGUCUCGACGUGGAGGCCGCAGCCAGUGUUGGAGACAAAGUCAAGACAGGGGCAGAGACAAAGCACUGUGAGGAGGCAAAGGACAAGACUGAGGGCAAGAACAGCUUCUCCAGCAGCUUCAGUGACAGGUUUACAGAGAUUUUUGGUGGCCACACCACUGAGCCUGAGCUCCUCUUCUCUGCAGACAAAGACCCGGCCGCCUACAAGGAGUGGCUCUCCUCCUUGCCACUCAACCCAGACGUGAUCUCCUAUUCACUGGAUCCCCUCCAUGAGUUGCUGAGCCCCAAGCUUCCAGUGCGAAAAGAAUUACGCAAAGCAAUUAAGCAUUACAUUUUAGAGAGUGGACUCUGGCAGAACUGCUCUGAGCCCUGCAAGUCUGGUGUCAAAAGAAAUCCAAAGGAGCCCUGUGUCUGCAGUUGCCAUGGUGAUCCUGGUGUAGGUACUGACUGUUGUCCUGUUAAACGCGGUCUCGCUCGGGUGAUUAUCACUGCAGUCAGGGCCUCUGGGUUGUGGGGUGACACCACCACAGCUACAGAUGCUUAUGUGAAAGUCUUCAACUCUCAGAACAUGCAACUGGCACGAACCCCUGUGAUUUGGAACAACAACUCACCUCAGUGGAACAUGGCCUUUGACCUUGGUGAUGUCAUUCUCUCUCAGACCAGCAUGGUGAAGUUCGAGGUGUGGGAUGAGGACAGCAAGUGGGAUGACGACCUGCUCGGAACUUGCACAGUGAACCUCAAGGAAGGAACAAAGGAUGAUGCGUGUAGCCUGAACCACGGAAUGUUCUUCUACAAACUCCAGGUGGUCUGUGGUCCAAGCCUGAGUGGCCCAUCCUGCUCUGAGUACGUGAGCUCUCCCAUGAACGGUCACCUGGAGAGGCUGUACGCGUCUCGUCAUGCCCGACCCAUACCGAAGGACAUGCUCGUGAAGAUGGGAGUGUUUGGGGAUGAACACCCUUUGCAUGCCAAUCUGACUGAACCAAACUGAAAUGUUGUUUUUUACUCCCUCAGAAAACUAUUGAUUUACUACUCCGCAAGAAUAAUAUACAUCUGUCCUUUUCGCUUUUUCGUCAUUCUUUUUUUUUUCAAAGAAAUAUUUAGUCUACGAUAUCCUAUUAUUAGAUUUACAUUACACUCAUUUACAAACUCAACAUGGUUGCAUCCCCGCAUAGCUGAUAUGGAAUAUAAAGUUUGUGUCCCUAGGUGGGCAUGUACCUUUCUGUUAGCCCCUCCUGAAGUGGGGAUAUUUUAUCAACAGACGCGCUGCAACUAGCAAAUGACUUAUCUCAAGAACAGCUGAAGCUAGUAUUUUGAAAUUUGGCAUGCUUGUACUUAACUAAAUUAAUUUAUAAAGUACCACUUGCCUUCGCUCAAUGGUCAUAUUCAGUAUGUAUGUCUAGUUACAUUCAUUUUAGUUAGUUUUAGUUUAGUUACAUUAUUCGUUUGGCAGAUGCUUUUAUCCAAACCGACUUGCUAUACUCAAGCUAUUACAUGUCAGCAGGCACAAAGUACUAAUUCCUGUCACUCUAACAAAGUCCAAAAGAGAGCAGAUAUAAAAAGUACACGGUAGUGCACCAGUGUUAGAGGUAUGACAAAAGAAGGGGAUCUCAGAGACUAAAUGAGUCUCCAUGAGAUUUGUGAAGAUAGAGACAGAUACCCCUGUUCUCUUAGCGUUUCAUAGCUUGUUUCAUCAUUGAAGAAUCAAAAAUGUUAACAAUCUUGACUGAUAAGCACCUGUGAAGGGAUGAAAUGGCUAGAUGUUUUUCACACAGUUGGUGAGAAAGCAUAACUUUGUGUGAUGGAAUUUAGUUAAUGGAAUGCAGUCAGUAAACAAAAUGUAACCAUUAGUGUAUGAUAUGGUAUAAGUGAUUGCAUAUGGUAGUGAAAUAUUCUAAAACCACUUUUAUCUGUUUUUAAACUAUGUUGUGUGUUUAUGCUUUUUAUACAAUAUUAUAAAUACAUUAUCCUGGUAAAAUAA